AGAUACUCGACGCAACCACACGUCUUGUAAAAGACGCCAAAUCAAGCCAUUGAUUGCUGGUCUUCAAGACAUCAGGCAGCACAGUAGACACGUGACAGCCAAAUAACUACUGCACAGUUUGGGACAAAGCGCUUCAGGUGAACAGGGAAGCACUUUCCCUGUCCUCAGGAGGAGAAAUAUGAGUUCCUUGUCGGACAUGACUUCAGAAGAGAAGUGCGACGAAGUUUUGGAGGAAGACGAUCAGCCAGCAGAUACUGUGAAUCAAGCACAUCACAAACUUCCGCCCGAUGGAGGGUGGGGAUGGGUGGUUUGUCUUGGAGCAUGGAUGGUGAAUUUCUUGACAGUCGGACAGCAGAAUGCAACUGGUGUAGUGUACUCGGCGCUUUUGAAUGAAUAUUCCACAAAAAGAGGAGAAACAGCUUGGGUUGCCUCGCUUGCGUCCAGUAUGAUGUAUCUGUUCGCUGCUGUGGGCACCUCUCUCGCCGAACGCUUCGGGAGCCGACUGAUUGUCAUCGUUGGAUCUUUCGUCUCAGCCUCAGGCCUCCUUGCCAGUUCCUUCGCACCAACGCUUACACCCCUGUAUGGAACCUACGGAAUUAUAUGGGGUCUGGGAGCAAGUCUGGGCUUAUUUCCCUCGCUCGUGAUACUUACAAAGUACUUCAGAAAGCGCUUGGCCCUCGCAUCUGGGAUAGCUCUGGCGGGUGCGGCGUGUGGGACCCUUGUAUAUGGACCCGUAAUACAAUUCCUUGCAUCAACGUAUGGGAUUUCAGUAACAUUCCGGAUUCUCGCCGCCGUUCAGAGUUUAAUGUUUAUAAGCGGAUUGAUGUUUCGACCUGUGGAGGGCCAUAAAGCCUGUCGAGAAAGACAAAGAGCAGACAACGACAACAUUUUCAAGAACAAAGCGUACGUCAUCUUGGUUGCUGCGCUUUGUGUAUUCAUGCUCGUGUUUCUCGUGCCUUUCGUUCAUUUGGUUCGAUUUACAGAGGACAAAGGAAUCAGCAGUACCAAAGCCUCUCUUCUAACAGGCUAUAUGGCAUUUGGAGGACUUACAGGAAGUAUCGCGUUUGGUAUUGCGUGCGAUCUCCCGCGAUUUAACCGCCUUAAGGUCUGCCAGCUCUCUCUCUUUCUCAUGGCUAUUUCAUCCUCCCUUGUCACCAUGGCAGCUAAAUACAUCUGGAUUUGCGUGUACGCGUUCACUUUUGGCGUUUUUGAUGGAUGCUACGAAAUGCUUGUUCCCGUGAUCACGCGAGAUAUCGCAGGCCCUCGCAGAGUAGCGCACGCCAUUGGUUUGCUUUACUGUAUAAUAGCGUUUCCAAAAACCCUUGGCCCACCAAUCGCUGGUUGGCUUUUUGACUUGUCCAAUGACUACAGUGUUUCUUUUUACGUCACUAGCGCUGUAACCAUUAUUGCGACAGCCAUCAUGUUCCUUCUCAAUUGGGUUCCAAUCCACAAAGAUCGCUUGGAGAUGGAAGAAAAUGAAAUGAGCUCUCCGAUCAUCAUAAACGAGCCUUCUCAUAAAAGCGUCUGUGACGACUUCAGGAUGAACUUAAAACCAGAAGCCGACGACUCUGUAACUCGUGGGUGGCUGCCAAUUUACUGGGUAGAAAGUCGCGGAGAAUACGAAUAUCGUGAAAAGCUGACAGUACUGUGACCAAACAUAGUUGCAAGGAGAGUUUCAGAGGAGGAAAGGUGGUGUACUUGUAAUAGUUCUAGAGCUCUCUUUUGGUUACCGAGCAGAUUUAGCUUUAUACUUAUUUUGUGUCUCCAGCUAUGAUAUCUAUCUAACUAAAACGCUCAAAUAAAUUUAGUUACAGUUUAGUUUCAAAAACAAAAAUGGAAGUCCAGCGUGUACUACGCUCUAUUCCCGAG